UAAAGGAGCUAGCCGAAGCUACCUUGAAAGAGCGUGAGCACGAGGCCAGACCAAAUCAAAGUUAUUUUAGUACAAAGAAAAGGAGACACAUUAUUAUUGUGUUGCACUGAGUGCAGUGACCAUGACGAGAACUCCUUGUUGUGAGAGAAUGGGAUUGAAGAAGGGACCUUGGACAGCUGAAGAAGAUCAGAUAUUGGUUUCUCAUAUUCAACAAUAUGGCCAUGGAAACUGGCGUGCCCUUCCUAAACAAGCUGGUUUGUUAAGGUGUGGCAAGAGUUGUAGGCUUCGUUGGAUAAAUUACUUGAGGCCAGAUAUUAAACGAGGGAAAUUCAGCAAAGAAGAAGAACAUACCAUCCUAAAGCUACAUGGAAUUCUUGGAAACAGAUGGUCUGCUAUAGCGGCAAGCUUACCCGGAAGAACAGACAACGAAAUAAAGAAUUUUUGGCAUACCCAUUUGAAGAAGAGGAUCCAGAAAAGUGGAGUGCACAAUGGCAAUGCUUCCUCACGUAUCUUGCAAGAGGCACAAGCAAAUACUAGUUUGGAUGCAUCAAGUGCUGCUUCUAGUACUGUCACUGCAAAUGUAAUGAUUGCCAAUUACGGUUUACCCGUAAGGAAUAUUAAUCCACCUAUUGCAGGAUUUUACGGUGCAGUCUCCUCAGAUACUUUUGGAGAAAUUGAGGACAAUCAUGGUUCUUGUCAGCUCAGUGAAGAAAUGGAAUUUUGGUACAAUAUAUUUAUCAAAUCAGGGCAAACAUCAUGAGACAAUUGAUAUCUGGGAUAUUAUAUAGCUAGAUUGCAUGAUACUAGUAUAAAAUUUGUCUCACUCCUUAACUUUUUUGUUUUUAGAUGGCAAUUAACCUUUGGUUUCAGCUUGGUGUUUGUGAGCAAGACUUAAAAUCCAUUUUGGCAAUGCAAAUUGCCAGAUGAGAACUAAAUUAAAGAUGAUCAAUGGAUAACACUUCUAAAUAAAGGCUCGAGAGAAGUUUAUGCAAUUAUACGAGGCAUAUACAGGAACAAAUUACUUUUGACUGUCAUUUUUUUUUGUAGUGACUUUUGACUGUUAUUUGAAGCAAAGGCAAAAUUUUCCUUCAACUUUAAGCUUCGAUUAUGUAGUUCUUACGAAUCAUUCCAAUUACAAUUAUUACUAUAGGAACGCUUGCACGGAGAAUUUAUAU